UUUUUACAAAAAUCCAAUCGGUACGUCAUUUACAACCGUCGUUUUGUUCCUCAGUCCGAUUCCUUUUAUUUCUUAGAAAUCUUUGUCUGGUUGUGAUUGUAACUAUUGUUAUCGUUUGUCUGUUGUUUCAUUUUUUUUUUAUGUGUUUCCUUUGACAAUCAACUGACUAUGUCACAAUUUAAUUACUUAAACGAAGUGAAUAGUAUUUUCAAAAUGGAUGGGGAUCUGACCGUAGGAUGCCCGGCACCCAGAUGGCAAAAGAAAAUGGAAAGUUCCAAUGCGUCGAUGUUGAGUUCGAGCAUGAACAUAAAUUCAUCUAAAUUGUCCAUGUCGUACAAUAACAGCUAUACGACAAUGGCUGCACUUUCCGGAAAGACUCCGCAAAAAUCGGGAAAGUCUCCAGGCCGAAAGACUACACCAAACGCGGCAAAAACACCGUCGGGAGGCGACCGCUUUAUUCCGAACCGAUCAACCACUAAUUUCGACCUUGGCCACUACAAGAUCAAAAUGGAGCAACUCAACAUCAACGACGAAAAUAGUUCGAAAGAGCAGACCAAUCAGAGUGAUCUACAGAAAAUGAUCACCGAGAAUCUACAGGGCGGUGACAUUAAGAGUCGCAAAAUAUUUUCUUUUCAAGACAAAGCUCCGGCUGCACCGGAAUUUCAUCAGAAUCCACUACGAGUCGUUUAUUCCGUAAAAACACCAAUGUCCACGAAAAGUGGCACACGUUUCAUUCCGUCCAGUCCGGAUCGCAUUUUGGAUGCGCCCGACAUCAUCAACGACUAUUACCUAAAUCUACUGGAUUGGAGCAAUGACAAUAUCGUUACUGUAGCCCUUGGCAACGUCGUCUACUUAUGGAAUGCAGGCAGCGGAAAUAUCGAGCAAUUGCGAACAUACGAAGAGAGAGAUCAUGCGUGUUCGUUGUCAUGGGCAAAGGAAGGUGGAGCAAUUUUGGCAAUCGGUGAUAAUGAAGGGAACGUCGAGCUGUGGGACUGCGAGGCUAAAAAACGUCUCCGCGUUAUGAAUGGGCAUGAGGCUCGUGUCGGUGCGCUUGCAUGGAAUUCGUAUAUCGUUACGUCUGGUAGUCGAGACUCGAAUAUCAUCCAUCAUGAUGUGCGGCAACGUGAUCAUUGUGUCAGCACAUUAUCCGGUCAUACUGAAGAAGUAUGCGGAUUGAAGUGGUCACCAGACAAUAAAUAUUUGGCCAGCGGUGGCAACGACAAUUUGGUCAACAUCUGGCCGUCCACAACAAGUUCGAAUAGUCCAAUCGAACCGGUGAAAGUGCUGAAUCAGCAUCAAGCAGCUGUCCGGGCGUUGGCCUGGUGCCCAUGGCAACCGAACUUAUUGGCAACUGGUGGCGGAACAGCCGAUCGUUGCAUUAAAUUUUGGAAUGUCAACAACGGAACGGUGGUCAAUUCGGUCGAUUCAAAGUCACAGGUGUGUGCGUUGCUGUGGUCCAAGAACUACAAGGAAUUGAUAUCGGCGCAUGGAUACGCGAACAAUCAAUUGACAAUUUGGAAGUAUCCGUCGAUGGUCAAACAGGCCGAACUGACUGGACACACGUCACGCGUUUUACAGAUAGCCAUGUCACCGGAUGGAAGUACCGUAAUAAGUGCGGCUGCCGACGAAACUCUUCGUUUGUGGAACUGUUUCACUCCGGAUCCGAAUCAAGCAAAAAAGGAAAAGACCUCCACGUGGACCAAGACAACAGUUGGUCUGAGACAGGGAAUACGAUAGUGUGAGACUGAUCUGUCCUUUGAAUCAUUUUGACUGAAUUUUUAAAUUUAAUUCUCGUAUUUAAUUUGUAACAGUUUUAUGUUUGAAUCGCAUGAAUCGUGGAGUCUCACAAAAUAUUUUUGCCAUGUUUUUUUAAUUGCAAUUGAAUAAAUACAAACAUCGUUCAUCAUCA